GGUGGCACCACUGGCAAUGGAGAAAGGGACCUUUCGCGCUGAGAAGUUGGUGGCUCUGUUGUGUUGAUGUGUCGCUCUAGCAGUAGGCAUUACGAUUAAUUUUCUGAUAAAACUUGGCGUACGGCUCUUGUGAAAAAUGGAAGGAUCUUUGUUGGAACCAACGUUGUACGUCAUCAAAGGCAUGGUAAUUUUGGACAACGAUGGCCACCGUGUUCUUGCAAAGUAUUAUGAUAAAAAUAUAUUUCCUACUGCAAAAGAACAAAAGGCAUUUGAGAAAAAUCUCUUCAAUAAGACCCAUCGUUCCAAUGCAGAGAUCAUCAUGCUUGAUGGCUUGACCUGUGUUUAUUACAGCAAUGUUGACCUUUUCUUUUACGUAAUGGGAAGUUCGCAUGAAAAUGAGUUGAUAUUGAUGACGGCUCUCAAUUGCCUCUACGAUUCUGUUAGUAAUAUUCUUAGGAAAAAUGUUGAAAAGCGAACACUGUUUGAAAAUUUGGACAUUGUGAUGCUUGCUAUGGAUGAAAUUUGUGAUGGAGGCAUCAUUAUGGAGGCAGACUUCAAGGCUGUUCUUCAAAGGGUUGCACUAAGAACAGAUGACAUACCACUGGGUGAACAGACAGUUGCUCAGGUACUACAAUCAGCCAAAGAGCAAUUAAAAUGGUCUCUGUUGAAAUGACCUCAAUACAUUUUCCUCCGAGCCAAUCUGUUUGGAUUCAUCCUACUAUGUGACAAGUGUAUUCAGUGUUAAUUCCAUAUUUUAAAAAAAUGUCUUUAAUACCAUUGAAAAAUUAUUCCCCUUUUCAUCCUCGAUACCCCCUAUCUACAACCGCUUACCAGCAUAGGAAUCCCUGCAGAGUUGAGCGGUUGUAGAUAGGGGGUAUCGCUUUGCACCUCACUUAAAAUGCAAUGUAUGUAGUUAUGAAAAUGCAGGUAUUUUUCAAAUUAUACUCUUAUUUCUUGGAUUUUGUCUUAUUAUCAUUUUAAAUAAUUCAGACCAGACAAAUUGUAACUAAUCAUCUUAUGACAAGAGUCAGAAAAAAACAACUAUUAACAUAAUAGAACCAGCUGAAAACCAUAUAUUACACAUUUAUGUAUCAACAAUUUACAAUGCUUCUAAAUAAAAGACUGACACAAAACUUU